UACAACUUCCGGAAGAGGUCGUCAUGGCUGCCAGGUUGGAGGUUCUCGCCCUACAGGCUGAAGUUGCCCAGCGCGAGGAGGAGCUGAGUUCUCUGAAGCAGAGGCUGGCGACGGCUCUUUUGAGGGAGCAGGAACCAGAGCCAGAACGUAUGGUUUCUGUGUCACCGCUGCCACCGAAGGCCGCUCUUUCCCGAGACGAGAUUCUGCGCUAUAGCAGGCAGUUAGUACUGCCUGAGCUGGGCGUGCAUGGACAGCUGCGCCUGGCGACCGCGUCCGUUCUAGUCGUGGGCUGCGGUGGGCUGGGAUGCCCACUGGCACAAUACCUGGCAGCGGCCGGCGUGGGCCGCCUUGGCCUUGUGGACUACGACGUGGUAGAGAUGAGCAACCUGGCUCGCCAAGUGCUGCAUGGCGAGGCACUGGCUGGCCAGGCCAAGGCCUUUUCGGCCGCUGCCUCCCUGCGUCGUCUCAAUUCGGCGGUGGAGUGCGUACCCUACGCUCAGGCCCUUACGCCAGACACUGCUCUGGACCUGGUCCGCCGUUAUGACGUGGUGGCCGACUGUUCUGACAACGUGCCUACUCGCUACCUGGUUAAUGACGCAUGUGUGCUGGCUGGUCGGCCUCUCGUGUCGGCCAGCGCUCUGCGCUUCGAAGGCCAACUCACAGUCUACCACUAUGACGGCGGGCCUUGUUAUCGCUGUGUAUUCCCCCAACCACCCCCAGCGGAGACGGUGACCAACUGCGCUGAUGGCGGAGUGCUCGGUGUCGUAACUGGGGUCCUAGGCUGCCUGCAGGCGCUGGAGGUGCUGAAGAUCGCUGCAGGUCUGGGCCCCUCUUACAGUGGCAGCCUGUUGCUUUUUGAUGCCCUCAAAGGGCAUUUCCGCUGUAUUCAGCUGCGGAGCCGAAGGUCCGACUGUGCAGCUUGCGGGGAACGGCCCACUGUGACUGACAUGCAGGACUAUGAAGCCUUCUGUGGCUCCUCAGCUACUGAUAAGUGCCGCUCCUUGCAGCUACUGAGUCCAGAGGAGCGGAUUUCUGUUACCGACUAUAAGCGACUUCUGGAUUCUAGGGCACCCCACCUGUUGCUGGACGUCAGGCCUCAAGUGGAGGUGGACAUCUGUCGUUUGCCUCAUUCUCUACAUAUCCCUUUGAAACAUUUGGAACAGAGGGAUGAGGAGAGCCUGAAACUCUUAGGAGACGCAAUCCAGGAAGAGAAACAGGACACACAGGAAGGGGCCGCAUUCUCCAUUUAUGUUAUUUGCAAACUGGGAAAUGACUCCCAGAAAGCUGUGAAGAUCCUACAGUCCUUAACAGCAGCCCAAGUGUUAGACUCUUUCACAGUUCGGGAUGUUGUGGGGGGCCUUAUGGCCUGGGCUGCUAAAAUCGAUGAAACAUUUCCUCAGUACUGAGAUGCUGGUAUAAUCUGACGAGAAAGGUGUGGGUUGCCCUAAUAUCUCAAAGAUAUGUUUAUUUGCAUGCAUUUCAGUAAUAUAAAGAAGAACCUGUGAUUCUACAAUAUCUGAAUAUGUAAACUCUUCUUUAUACGGAUCUUUUUUAUUGUAAUGGGUGACUUAUUAAUAGAUUGAUUGAUAAAACUAUUUCUGAGAACAAAACA